AUGGCGGACAACGUGUACGUAAACAAGGGUGUCAGCUUGCCAAAUUAUGAUUCCUCUUAUUUAGGAAUAGUCAUUGAAGGCUCCCUGGUCAGGCAAGGUCACACUCGGAACCAAGCAGUCCCUUUGUCUCCUCUGGUCUCGAACUCUAACCCUCAGGUGUCGGCACAUGAAAGAGCGGACUCGCGAGGUCGACGGUGGAAAGGAGAUGUCAUGGUUACCUCGUGCAGCAGCUCUUUGACAUGCGAGCCGGUGAUUGCUAUCAUGGUUACCUCGUGCAGCAGCUCUUUGACAUGCGAGCCGGUGAUUGCUAUCAUGGUUACCUCGUGCUGA